AUGCUCAAGGAACCCCAUGAGUACGAAGCUCUCUUCCAGGAGGUCAAGGCCGACCUGCAGAACAGCGAGGAGAAGAAAGUGCUCAUCUUUGUGUCGACCUCUGAGUGUGACUCCGUCUGCGCUGUCAGAAUCCUUCAGCUUCUGCUCAUGAACAAUGGCAUCCAUUUUUCAACCUUUCCAGUCUCAAACACAGCAGAGAUCCAGCAGAUUUGUGAAUCCCAGCUGUCUGGAGAGGCGCAGACAGUCAUCUUGAUAAACUGUGGAGGGGAGGUGGACUUGUAUGAGGACCUGAAUCUAGGAGAGCUAGAGACCCGAGUCAUAGUCGCAGACAGCCACAGGCCGCUGCAUCAUAAUGCCAGCAGCCUCAUGAGCGUGCACUACAUGGUGGACGAAGCGGAUGGAUCCCAGCUGCAUGCAGCCCUGCCGCCGCCAGAUGGCGCCUCUGAAAGUGAUGACGACUCAGAGGAGGACAAGGGCGAAGGGCCCAGCGAGUCUGACGAGGAUGAGGACAAGGAGAAUGAGCGGCCAGCUAGGAGGCAGCGGGUGUCGCCGGACGCGGCGCACCCGGGGCUCAGCCGGCGGCAGCGGCGCGAGCGUAAGCGGGCCGAGGUGCGGCGGGCGCGGGCCGAGUACUACGAGCGGGGCACCUUCUGGGGCAAGCCCGCCGCCUGCACCAUGCUCGAACUCGCCCAGCAACUCCACAUGGACAACCGCCACUAUCUCUGGCUGGCCAUUCUGGGCCUGACGGACCAGCACCUGCACCAGCGCAUCGCCCAGCAGAGCUACGCAGAGCAGGCGCAGAAGCUGGAAAUCCUGGUGAACCAGCUGGAGGAGGCGGGCGAUGAGGUGGAUGACAUGGAGGAGGUGCCGAUGGAGGACGGCCACGGCAACGUCACCGUCGCGCGCCGACGCAAGAUCAAAUUCGGCCACAUCAAGGCGGUGACGGACUUCCGGUUUCCUCUGAUGCGGCACUGGAGCGUGUACGAGAGCAUAAUCCACAGCCGCUACGUGGCUGUGCGCCUGGGCACUUGGCAGGACAAGGGCCGCGACAAGGUCGACGAGCUGCUUGUCAAGAUGGGCCUCUCCCAGCGCGACUGCAAACAGGACUACUGCGUGACUGCGCGGAAAUUCAACAACCUUGCGCAGAAGCUGGUGGAGCACGCACACUCCUUCCGCCUCACUGACCUCGACUUCAAGAGCUUCCGGCUAGCAUGGGGCACGAAUGCGCCGCUGUACGCAGCUGACGUGGUGCUCGCGGCGACUGCGCUGCUGGAAGCACCUCCUGCCAUACGUGCUGGGGAGACCUCGGCCCGCGACGACCGCAGCGACUGCAUCUGCGACGGGGGCCUGCUGCUGGUGAGCAAGGCGGGGCAGGAGCGCGCCAAGUUCCGCUGGUACGACAUGACGCGCAACGAGGUCAGCAACAAGGCCAUCCUGUCGCACCCGCUGGCGUUGGUGAAGCUGGGCAUGUUUCUGCGCGAUGUGGCGUCCAUGCGGGUGACGCGCAAGCGCAAGCCCAUCGUGCUCGUGGGCCCAGCUGACGGCCGCCACCAGUGCCUCGUCGUCGCCGUCACCUGCGAACCCAUGUCCACCGAAGCCCAGCAGGGGAAUCCGUUUGGGGUGCUAUUUGAGAAGUCUGCUAGGAACAUUGGGGCCUCCUUCGAGCACAAGGGUUUUGACUCCAGCGUCAUCCAGAUCGCGGUCGCGGACGUGGACCGGUUUGUGAGGGAGCUAGCGGUGCAGGCGAGCGCCUCAGCUGUGCGAUUUGGGCCUGCCCAGGCCGACGCUGCGUGA